AUGGGUACACGACUUUAUCUUUCUUUACUUUCAAUAAUUUUAGUUGUUGCCUUUGCCUUUCAGCUCUUGGCAGUGAUUUCUGUGCCGGUAACUCGUAAGAUAACUCUUUGCACUUAUGGGAAUAUUCAAUUUGGUGUCUUUGGAUAUUGCGAUACCAAAACUGAUAGCUGUUCUCAAGUGCGCAUAGGUUAUGGCGAUGUUACUUCUAUCGACGGGUUUUCUUUGCCAUCAAAAGCAAGGCAUACGCUUGCAAGCCUUUUAAUAGUUCAUGUUGUAGCAGCAGGGCUAACUCUUAUUCUUUUACUUCUUACUCUGAUAGCGCAGUUUGCUACUUCAUCUUCUAAAUUUUUGCUUCUUAUUCUUAUAUUUUCUUUACCAUGUUUUUUACUUUCUCUUCUGGCUUUUUUGGUUGACAUUCUUUUAUUUGUACCACACUUGGAUUGGGGGGGCUGGAUUGUAUUGGCGUCUACUGUUCUUAUUGCUGUUUUUGGUGUAUUCUUAUGUGUUUUGCGACGGACUGCUUCUUCGCAGAAGGCAAUGGAAAGAAGAAUACAUGAAAACUCAGAACUUCAAUCUCUAGGCCAAUACAACAGUGCAUUUUCUGGUGGCGCUUCAUACAAACCCACAACAAAUUCUGGUGAUCUUAUUUUUUCUAAUUCUAUUGACGAUUACAAUCCCAAUAACAUUUUUGACUUCACAGAAGCAAAGUUUGAACCUCAUAUUUCUGCUCAUUCUGCAGCAGCAACAGAUGACAGUGUUCCUUUGACACGUAACACAGUCAAUAAUGAUGUAAUUCAAGAACAAGAUUACAUCAGAAAUACUAGCCAAAACACAUUGGGCUCCGAUAUGGUUCAUGUUUUACCUGCGGGAACCUAUAGCCCACAACUUGCCCCUAUUCCUCCAAGGGAACAGCUGAACAAUACGUCUAGUGAGCCACUUCUCAAUAACAUAUUACCGGCUGGUUCAUAUGAACAAAUAUAUAACGACAACCCUAUGCCACAUGAUAGCUUUCAACCUCAGAUACCUAUAACUCAAUCAUUUGGUGUGAAUGAUAAUUAUGACCAAGAUUCACGAUUCAUCAUUUCACCAGAACCAAUCAGAAAUCCUAUACCAGAUACACAAAAUUUUAUCGCAUCAGAAUCGAAUAUAUCAGGACAUGGUAAUUCGCAAGAUAUGCAAUUUACUAUUUCUCCAGAACCAAAUCCUGAUACUCAUUACCUGGAUAACAAUUAUAGUGAAAUAGGAGUUGAUGUAUCACAUUCUGGGCGUCCAAAGGUUUCUGGUCAUACACCACUUCUUCAACCUAGUGUCCAAAGUUUUCCAUCUUAUAUAUCUCAAUCAGCUUCUAGCUCUUCUCACAUGACAAGCGCCAGCCGAUCAGACCCUAAACGAGCUGCAUCAAGUCGGCAAGAACUUUUAUUACAAAACAACCCCGAUUUCCAAAUUGCACCAAGCAGAGCUCAAAAAAGAGGUGCACCCAAAGUACCAACUUCACACUCAAUAAGAAAUUUUGGUGAAGAUGGCCCAUAUGGAAUUUCUAGGCGGUUUAAUAAUUAA